CACCGUUCAGUUUACUACAAACUUAAAACGAAGGCGCAUGUCGCUCUCUCCGCCGUUGUGUCCGUGUGCAUGGUGCUAGUGUAAUAACAUAACAGCAAAUUGUUUUGUGCUGUGCUAAUUAGUGUGGUGCAACCCUGUUUGUGAGAACAGGCUUUACAAAUUUGUUGUGAUGCAGUUGAGCAUAUACCUAUGGCUGUCUUGUGUAGCCCUCGCAGGAUAUGUACGAGCGACAGAGGAGACGACUAGUGUUCCUGUGACCGAAGGGACCAUCCAGCAGCGGGACGAGCCGCUCGCUUCGGACAAGGAUCUCUUCAUCGACGAUGACGGCUCGGGCCUAGAGAUAGACGAGAGCUCCGGCUCCGGCUGGGGGCCCGGCCCCGGACCCGACGACGAAGACGGCCGCGGCUCAGGUGACGCCCCCCAUCCCGGGGCCCCCGAGGAUGACGAGGACUUCACCCCGCGGAGAAUCACCACCACCCUACCGCCGGUCCCAGAGACCGAGCCCUCAGACACUGACAGACCCAUCCCAGUAGACUCGUUCGAUGUAGUCGGUCCGCGUGUAUUGUCCAAGCCUUCGGAAGGUGCUCCAGAUAUACGCCCCGAGGAGCCCCAACGACCCGAUCAAACCGACAUCAGCAUAUCUGGUGAAGAUAUCAACCCGAAUAUUGACCAAGAUCAAUCUAGUUCGAACGUGGAGCCGGAGUCCCGUCCUUCUGACAACAGCGUCUUCAUCAUGAACGCCAAACCUGAAGACCGCGCCACCAGCUUCUUCGCCCAACCUGGCAUACUGGCCGCUGUGAUCGGAGGGGCGGUAGUGGGGCUGUUAUGCGCCAUCCUAGUGGUCAUGUUCAUCGUGUACAGGAUGCGGAAGAAGGACGAGGGCUCGUACGCCCUGGACGAACCGAAGCGAAGCCCGGCCGCCGCCUCUUACGGGAAAGGUCACAACAACCGGGAGUUCUACGCGUGAGAUACGGAACAAACUCUGCCACAGGUCUACUGAGCACCAGCUAUCUACCAGCGGACGUUAGAUCUCUUAACCCUAUAAUCCAUGUGGCUUUAGUUCAAUCCCAUCAACAUUAAUGUACUGGUAUGCGUACAUAUCCACCAUCGAUGUUGUUCGAUGCGAUAUUGUAAACUAUAUCAAUUUCAAGACCAAUUUUAUAGACGUCAGUGAAGUGAGGUUUAUGGAAUAGUGUCUUAGGUCUUGGACUUUCUCAAUACCGAGACAUAUUUUUUGUGUUCUGUCAAUCAGCUGUAGUUGAAUCUUAAUGUGAGAUCUUGUUUUUUUAAUGUUCGUGUAAAAAAUAAUAAAUGUGCCAUCCGCUUCCUUCAAUUGUAUAUUUGCCAAUCACUUUAGUUGUAUACUUUAUCAUAGAUUAUAUAUCCUGUAACUGAUAGUCUAUGGCCACGUCCAUAUCUUGUCUAUGUGUAUAAAAUUAAUGUUAUAUGUAUUUGUCUACGGAACCUUGUGAAAUUUGAAAUAGAUUCUAAAGUAAAAUAAUUAAAUAUCAAAUAAUAAAUAUAUAAGUCAAAAACUCUUUAGAAGAUCAUAACAGAAAGUCAAAAACUUUCAUUUAAAAGUACAUAACAACGUUUCCAAUGUUUAAUACUUUGUAAAACCAUAUUCCUUACGAAAAUAUAUAUAAUAUAACAAUUUAGAGAAUAACUGUUUGAACUAUAAAUAUUUAACCCCAUUAUAUAUAACUUAAACCAUGAUCGUGUCAUCCUUAUUGCCUUGGAUAUUAACAAUCUACGUUAUUUUAUUCCUUAGUCACUACGCCGAUAUCAAAGCUAUAAUUUCUGCCUUCAUGCUUAUAAAUUACACAUUUUGUUUAAUUAAUAUGUUCAUAUCUAUUAUACUGGACGUAUAAUUCCGUCAGCUGUGCAACGAAAUUCGAUGCCGCCAUUUUGUUACGUCACUGUCAUUAUUCUUAUUCAGCUGUGACGCUGCCUAAAUUUAGUUUCGUUCUAUAUGACGAUUAAGUCAAUUAAUUUAUUAAAAAUAUUAAUAGUUACUGUAUUUAUAAAAUGUCAUUAAGUAACUUUGUAUGAAUAUGGUUUAUCUAAUGUACUAGCAAACUUAUAUUAUGUAAUAUUUAGCAUGUUUAAUGAAAAAUAAAAAAAUAUCAUCAUAUAAAUUAUUAUAUAGGCUGUUGUUUACAUCAAAACUAAAAAAGUUUGUGGCCAAGUUUUGAGCGCAUUAAACCUUCUUGAUGUGGUUAGAGUUUCAUAAAUAGACAUUCCUCGCUAAACAUGAAGAAAAUCAGGCUCAGUAAGUGUUAAGUCUGUAUAUUGUAAUUGUAAAUUCUAUUAUAACUAAUCUACUAAUAUAAAUAAUAAUGUAGUAUCAAUAACCAAAUAUAAUUGAUUUAAAGGCUACUUGAUUAUAUUCAUUUAUAUACAAAUAGUCAUUAAUUAUCUAUAUUAAUAUUGUCUUGAAAAAUUUGAAUAUUGAAAGUGGUGAAAUAAAAAGAGAAAACUUUUUUUAGCGUUCUAUAUUUAAAUAAAGAAUAUCCGAUAUGUUGUAUGUGGCAUUAUAAUAUUGUUUGCAAUGCAUUUAUAUGCUAAGUGUGGCAAGCAAAAUGUCAGUUGCAUUCAACUUCGGCUACACACAUGUCAUGUUAAUAUAUGCAGUAGAUAAAAUUUGCAUAGUUCCGUUUAGAUUUACUGAAGCAGUAAAACGUGUCUGCAUUUCAUAGCUUACUUAUAACUUAAAGCAGUUCAUAUGCAAUAAACACAUGCUGAAGAAUACAUCUUCAUACAACCGUUUACUUGUUUUGUGCUCAAAUUUUUUUUUUUUGUUAAUGACAAAGCAUUAAACUAAGAAAAGUCCUAAAUGUAAUUUGGUGUUUUAUAUAAUAUUAAGGCAGCUUUUAUCUAAGUGAUAUUUUUAAUAUAAAUUAUAUAUUAAUAGCUAUACAUUUUUUGUUCCAUAGGUAUACUGUUCUUGAGUUGACUUGACUCUUCUCAAUUAUUUUUUUUAUCGUUGUUUCAAUAUAUGUAUUGAUAUGUUUGUGGUGUUCUUAAUAUAUAUCUUAUUAUAUUGAAUUGUGACAUCAUAACUUAUCAUGAAUUAAAUAGGCUUUGAUUGUUUUAUAUGACAUAAAAGAAUCAAAUUUAUCAAACAUGAAUUAUAAUGACUUAUAUAAGAUUAGAAUGUAGGGUAGGCGAUAUAUAAAUGUCCUUGUAAAUAAAGCUCCCUUACAUCUAGGUAAUAAAUACAGGUCAUUAUGAACAA